UGUGGAGGAUCCGGGAUGUCAACACAUGACCACUUCCUCCGUUCGGCUCCGCCCGGCGGGGAUUCGGCGGCGUGCCGCGGUGCAUGCCGGGAAGGAGGCGGAGGCAGCCCUGGGUCUGUGGAGGACCGACGUCAGUGCUGCUCCUGGUGGUGGAAGAUGGCGGAGGCUGCGGCUGUUCCCCCGCAUCGGUUCUUCUGCCACUGCUGUAAGGGAGAGGUGAACCCCAAGCUCCCGGAGUACAUCUGUCCAAGAUGUGAUUCGGGUUUCAUAGAGGAAGUAACAGAAGACUCCAGUCUCCUAGAGGGUGGUGCUAACGGGAUAGACGACACAGCCACACAGUUUGCAGAGCUAUGGCACCUCUUGUUACUGGAGCGGCCGUUCACGACAGACCCCGACACCCCCGACUCAGAACCCCGGCUCCCCGGAGGACGCCUGGGGGGUUUCGGCGAGCUGGGAGGGCUCGGAGGCGGGCCGAUCGGUGGGUCCGUCCCGGCGGGCCUCGGAGGGCCCAUGGGUGGCCUGCUAGGAGCCGGGGAGCACUGGGGACCGGGGCGUCCUCCUCGUCUGCACACCCAGAGGAGAUACCGGUCCAGAGGCAGCAGUCGGCCCGACCGCUCGCCGGCCGUGGAGGGGAUUGUACAGCAGUUUCUCGCCGGUCUCUUUGCCAACUCCGGAGUCCCUGGCUCACCUCCCCUGUCAUGGACAGGGAUGCUGCACUCUAACCCAGGGGAUUACGCCUGGGGGCAGGGAGGGUUAGACGCUGUGAUAACACAGUUACUAGGUCAGCUGGAGAACACAGGACCUCCGCCAGCGGAGAAAGAGAAGAUCUCAUCCCUCCCAACGGUUAAUAUCUCUCAGGAACAAGCAGACUGCUGUAUGGAAUGUCCAGUGUGCAAAGAGGACUUUUCAGUGGGAGAACCAGUCAGACAGCUACCCUGCAACCACUUCUUUCAUUCAGACUGUAUAGUACCGUGGCUGGAAAUGCACGACACGUGUCCAGUGUGUAGGAAGAGUUUGAACGGAGAAGACAGCAGCAGCCAGCCUUCGUCAGAGUCACCCUCCCUGUCCAUGGACCCCCGAACACAGGAGAGAUGGUCCUUCUGAUCGCCCACACCAUCACCCCUUCACUCAUAAUCAUCUCGGUCUGACUUCUCUCAUUUUUUUUGUAUUUUUUAUUUUAUCGCCUUCUUCUCCUCCUCGAUCAUGCACCCAUACAGAUGUCUUAACAUCCUUUUCUUUUUGCCUAAAUAACAAACCAGCCUAGAUCGAUGUUCAUCCAGUCUCCUCUACUUCCAGCAAACUCACCCUAUUUGUUUUUCUUUAAAUGUGGAGAAAUGCCGGACUUUAUAUUGAAUCCUCUCCAGAUUAGCAAAAUCCUGCAGCUGAGACGGAUACUUAGCAUUCACAGACACCUGGAAUAAAUGUAACGUUUCUGUUGAGAUCGUGUCGGGAAGACUGUUGGUGUUUUAUUAGCAUUUUUUAAAGGUGUCAUCGUGUACAAAACUCCCCCGAAAUGAAAGCAUUUUAGAGGAAUCAGUCGGUUCAAAGAGAAGCUGUGACUUCAGAGAACUUAAACAAACAGUAAGGGAAUGAAAUUCUAAAAAAAUCUUCAGCCCCUUUUACGUAGAUUUCAUCCCCCUGGUGUAAAUAUUCCAAACUCUCCGUCAUUUUAUUCCUCCGUUUAUCGCCGUCUUUGGUUUUUAUCACCUUUUUUUGAUGUAAAUAAUUUUAGUCCGACAACUUAAGGUUUGCAAAGGAAUUUAAAAAAAAAAAAAAAAAAAAACACGUAGAGAAUGGAGACACAAAUGUGAAAAACCUGGUUAUCAAACUGUAUAUUAUAUAUAUGAAAAAAUGUCUAUGAUGUAUUAAUAAAUUGACCAAAAAAACA